AAACUAUACUUUUUUGUUCGUUCACGUAAAUUUAUUGAAGUCAAUCAAGGGGAUAUUAGAUAAUUUUCAUAAUUUAGGUUGAUAUUUUAAUGAUUUUAAUAGUUUAUGGGAGGUAUUUGAUUCAUUAAAUAUACUUGCAAAAUAUUUUUACCGUUGCCUAUUUGAAAUUUGAAGAUAUCAAAAUCCUUCUUUAUUUUAAAUUACAUAUUCUAGUCAAUGUCAAUGUAGGAUUAUUAUUUUAUAUGUAUAUAUUACAUAUUCUAGUCAAUGUCAAUGUAGGAUUAUUAUUUUAUAUGUAUAUAUAUAGACACACAGUAUAUCGAACCUACAUGCUCGGCCAAAUUAAAGUUUUCAAAGUAGUGCAUGCAACUUGAAGAAAAAAUAAUUUAUUGUCCAUAUAACACCUACAAAAUUAUGACGAUGAAGGAUCAUCUUAACGAUGAUUCCGGGAGUUCUAGUGAUCACGAAUAUUGUGAUCCAAGGGCUGAGUGCGAAGGGAGGGGAAGGCUCCAUCUAGCCUACCUCUUGCAUGCUGCGACACUAGUUGUAGGAAAAAAAUCUCCUGUGGAUGUAGACGCUGAAGAGAAGAGAUAUGCCGAAACCGCCAAGAAAAGAAAACGUAAUAUUCGGAACACUUGUUCCUCUAGAAGAAAUCUUGAUUGUCACGCUCCAUCAACUUCAAAUAUAACCAAGACCGGCAAUCAAGAACAAAAUUGUGUCCGGUUGAUCGAAAAACACGAUCAAGAAAACAACGUCAUGAAAAACCCUAUUGUCAUGAGAAUCCCUAGUCAAGAAAUCAUUGUGACGCAAAACUCUCUCCAAGAAAAUAUUAACCCAUUGAGAAACCCGAUUCAAGAAAACAUUCACGUCAUGAGAAAUUACCCUCUUCAAGAAAAUCCCCUUCACGAAGAAAAUGGUAAUUUGUUUGUGGAUCAGGCGAUUAUUGCUGCCGCUAGAGACGACGACGGGGUUUUGUUCGUGGAGAAGAAGCUGAAUAAAACGGACAACAGUGAUAGCCACCAUCGUUUUUCGAUAUCGAUGAACAAAGUUACAAACGAUAAGUUUCUUACUGAAAGGGAGAGGACCAUACUCAGGAAUAAGGACAAUUACGGUGUUAAGGCAACAUUAAUCGAUCCCAUUGGUCGAGAAUACGACGUGGCAUUGAAGAUUGAGAGAACUGGGAAAACAUGCGACUGCUAUAAGAUAGCGAAGCCAUGGAAUCAGAUCAGAAAGAACAACGGCAUUCAAACGGGGACGGUGAUCCAGUUGUGGGCUUCUCGUCCCAACGGCGACAACUUGUGCUUCAAGCUUGUUCUUAAGAGUUGAGAAAGAAUGAACAACAAUUCCAUUAAAUUAUUUAUUGGGGAGUUUAUAUUGUUUGGGGAGAAUGAAUGAACAACAAUUCGUGUUUAUAUUUAUGUUUGAUUCUCGUUGUAUUGAAUCACCGGGGAUUUUAUGUUUGCUAAAUUUGCUUGGAUCGGUGUUAUAUGAAAUCUAUAUUUUCAUGGAUUCAGUUGUAAAACUAUGUUCAUAUUCUAAUCUGAAAUUAGG